AUGACACGCCCACCCCCCUCACAAGUCCUCACCCCACUCGUCCUCGGCACCGCAACAUUCAACAUCCAAUACAACGACGACCCCUUCUCCCUCCCUUCGGUAUCCAUCGUCCACCGCGCCCUGAGCGCCGGCAUCCGCGCCUUCGACACAUCUCCUUAUUAUGGCCCAUCAGAAGAAAUCCUGGGACAAGCCCUCGCUUCUGAGAAAGUAGCGACUGAAUUUCCGCGUCACACAUACCAGCUUCUUACAAAGGUUGGGCGAGUCGCUGAAUCAUCGUUCGAUUAUUCCCCGGCGUGGGUACGGUAUAGCAUAAAACGAAGCCUGAGGAGAUUACAUACGGACUAUUUGGAUGUUGUGUACUGUCAUGAUGUUGAAUUCGUGUCUGCGGCGGAGGUGGUAGAGGCUGUGAGGGAGUUGCGACGCAUUCGGGAUGAGGAUGCGUCGAUCCGGUAUGUGGGUAUUUCGGGGUAUCCGGUUGAAGUUUUGGCGGAAUUGGCGGAGCUAGUGUUGAGAGAGACUGGGGAGCCGUUGGAUGUGGUCAUGUCGUAUGCGAACUACAACCUGCAGAACACGCGAUUGGCGACAAAGGUACUUGCGAGGUUGCGGGCCGCGGGUGUAGAUGUGGUUCCCAACGCGUCGAUAUUGGGCAUGGGAUUACUGAGAGGGCAGAGUGUGUUUGAUUGGCAUCCUGCCCCCAAGGGGCUGAGGGACGCAACUCAAAAGGCUAGUGAAGUGUUACGAGAGCAGCAGAAUGAGAAGUUGGAGUCGCUGGCCACGAGAUACGGACUUGAGUCGUGGAUACGAGAGGGUUCGGCCGUGGGUGUGUAUGGACACCCACUAGAGGCGACAGAUGGCUCUGCACCGAAGUUGAGUAAUGGCCAACAACUGGGUGUCACUGUAGUGGGUGUGAGCAAUGUGAAGGAAGUCGAUGAGUUGGUGGCUAUAUACCGCGAGGUUCUUGAUGACGUUGUUUAUUCAGAAGGAAAGUCCUCGACAAAAUCCGUUGAGACUGCAGAAUUGACUAAGUUGGUGCGAUCAAUAUUGGGGCCCGAAUGGCUGGAUUAUGCCUGGCCGAGUCCCGGAGAGGGAUAUGUUAAUACGUUGCCUGAGAGCCAUUAUCAGUUGCUACGAGAGCAGACGACCCCCACUACCUUGUGA